CAAGAGUAUAUUCGUGGUAUCAGUGCCUGGAAUUUUAACCUGGAGGAUCUGAAGAGCCAAGCUGCGCUGCUUCCGGAUUAUGACGACAUUCCAGAUGCUGAAGAUUCAAGUACUAGCGGGAAGCUGCGGGAGGGGAAUGGUGAUAUUGGUUCUACAGCAGAAAGGCCUAAUCAGCCAAGUGUUUCUCAUGAGGAUGAGCUGAAUGUUGAUCAUGAUUUGGACAGUUCACUUGCUGCAUUUCCUAUUAAGCCUCUUCAAGCACUCAAGGGGUGUUUUGAUGUGUGCGAAGAUGACAUAACUUCUAGUAGUCCAAGUUGGGAAGAUGCUAUGCAAUCAGAGUCUAAUCAGCAGAACUUUAUGCUGUCACCAGCAAAAGUUGAGGACCAAGACAAUGGAAAAGAUGAUGGUGAGAAUCUGCGACAGAGUAGCUCCUUGCCACGUUCUGUUAUUCCAGGGCAUAAAAAGUUUUUUAGUGGUUCACUGCUACAGGAUAAUGCUCUUUCACCCAAAAAAGUUGUUACUGAUGGCGAGAGGGAAUAUCAACAUCCAAAGUACCAGGCCGAACGAAACUAUAGCGGUCCAUUGCAGUAUCGACAUAAGAAAGACUUAGGAGAAGAUGCAUCAGAAGGAGCUGUCGUCCAACGCAAGGGACGUUUUCAAGUCACAUCAGCAGAUCUGACUCCCAAGGAACCUACAAGCAGUUUCUUUAACCCAGGUCAUGGAGGCUCUACUAGUCCAAGCAAUCUAGUUGCUUCACUACUUCCAUCAUUGCAAUGCAUUCUACAGCAGAAUACUUUGCAAAGGGAGGAAAUAGUGAAACUGAUCAAGUUUGCGGAGCGAGCAUCUGUCAAUCCUACAGACUUGGCUGAAGCUGGGACCAGUGAUCUUCCACAGAUGUCUCCUCCUUCUGUUAGGGAGAGAGAAUUGCAGUCUAUGGUCAUUCAAAUGCAACAAAGCAUUGGAAGUCUUGUGGAGGAGUUGCAGAGACAAAAGAUGAAGAAUAUUCAGUUGGAAAAGAAAUUGAAUACAGUGGUAAAGAAAGAAUAGAGAAGAUUGCACCACACGGCUGGUGAAGUUUCUCUCAUGCUCGUGCUAAGGCACGUCGUUAAGUUACUUGGGCAAGUGGGUUGUUGUAAUUUUUGUGUACCAUAUGUGUGAAUGUAAAGUAGGCACCAAAAUUUUGAGAUGCUAUAUUCAUUGUCAGAAUAUCUAUGAUCUAUUGUAAUAUAUACCAAUUUGGUAUUGUAUUUAAGUAGUUCUUCUUCAAUACUAAUUGAAAAUCAGGGAGCAAAAGUAGCUACUUGUGUAAAUUACCCUGCAAAACCUAGUUCCUUGUUUCAACCAAUAAACCUGUAUGGAGGAGUCUAUUCCAUUUGAAAUUCUU